UGACUCCCAUACGUGGUCCACGUAUUACAGGCGGUCAAGCGCGUUAUCAAAUUGGCGACACGGUACGUGUCAAUUGUACAUCGUCGGCAUCGAAGCCUGUCUGUCAUCUUAGUUGGCUCAUAAAUGGUGAACCAGCCAGUCGUUCACAUUUGCGUUUCUACAGUAACAAAGCGAUAGGCAAUGAAGGCCUGGAACAGGCGACACUCGGUUUGGAAUUCAAAGUGAGAGCAUAUCAUUUUCGCAAUGGUGAUAUGAAAUUGAAGUGUGUGGCAAAAAUAUCCUCGCUAUAUUUUCAAAGUCGUGAAGCAAGCGUUGUAUCGGAUCAUCCGCACAAAGCACCAGCCCUGGAAUCAAGAGAAACUGUGGCGGCUAAAUCAAGAGCUCAUGGCGCUUCAAGCGGCGGAAGUAUACAUCAUUUGAAUGGUAUGCCGGUUAAUUACUUGCUAACUUUAUUAUGCUGUCUUAUUAUGCUGUCACUUUAUUAUGCUGUCACUGCAACAACAUCAAUAACUAUGAUGAUGACACCAGCAACAACAACAACGCGAACAACGAGAGUGCCAGAAGUUGUAGCAAAAAGUAGUUCAGCAAGGCUACGAACAAACAGCAAAUCAACCACGACGAAUAGAAGAACGGCGUCAGGAACAUCAACAACGCCAUCACCACCACGACUACCAUCAACGUCGUCGUCGUCCUCGUCGCUGCCGCCACCGACAACAACACCCAGCU